GUUUGAGAAAUUAGGCCUCUUCAAAUAUGCAGUAGCCUAUUUAUCACCCACUAAGUAAGCCCGUGUGUUGUUGUCUCAAGGCGGUUAUUGCCUUCGAAAGGGCUUAAAUGUAACGAGCUUGAAAAGUUUCAGUCAUUCGAUUUCUAGUAUAGGAAAAGUUGUAUAUAGUUUCAACAUAAUGCCUACUGUUACUGAGACGAAUUGGGGCCAUUGGGGGGCUAUACCUUCUACCCCGGCAUGGGUGGAAAGUAGGCCUAAGUUACACGGUGAGACCGGUGGGACAUUAAAGCAAGGAUAUUCAGACACCGUCAAAUGGUACUACAGACGUGCUAAAAACCCAAAAGACAAAGCGCACUGCAUUAAACUAUUGGCAAGAUACGAACUAGCUAAAGAAGAUCACCACAGACCGUCCACAGCACCUGUGAGCAGCAGAAAACAGCAGGAUUUCCGAAAAACUACCUUUCAGGAACCAAAACCACCUUGCAAAAGUGAAGCUUAUCAAAAGCAGUUGAAUUCGAUUCAGCGGUUAUCUAGGCCUAAAUCAAGUCGUCCAGCUUCGUCGAAACAUUACGUCCAACACCGUAAAACAAGUUUCGUUACACGACCGACUUCUGCAAUGGCUGAUAUUGGCAGAAGACGAAUUGAAGAUCCUUACCUAACGACCCAUGAGUCCGAAUUCCCUGGUUAUGCGACCGGUCUUUACGCAGAGGCUACGCGCCCUAUGUCCUCGAAAGGUUUCACUGCACCGUACCGUAUUUCGGACCCAGUUGGGAGCACGACCUGCCAGAAUGAGUUUUCUUGGAAAUCCGAAAAGAGAGUUGAACCGAUAAGGUCCGGUACUUCAUCGGGGAAUAGGAAUAAUAACCCGCAUCCUCACGAGUCCUUCAUGAUAUGGCGCCUACCAAACAAAUCAAAAGAAGGCAUGACCACAGCUACAGCGGACCAUCUUAAUUACAGAGAAUUAAGCGAUGGUGUAAUGGACCAAAUACUGAAGGAUCAGUUGAAAUCUACAUAUCAGAACGACUACUUAGGCAUCCCACAAGGAUACCAGGUCAAAGAAGCGAUCGACGCACCAGCAGAUUGGAGAUCCAGCAUCCGUCGUCCUCUAGACACAACUGUAAGGUUAUCAUACACUAAACCUCACCAGCAACCAGAACUAACAGGAAACGUUACAAGAUAUGGAUGUAAUAAAAAUAAAGGCAUUGCAGCGCUCGGUGCAGUACCGACCGUAACCAAGGACCAUGUUAAGAAUCAAGAGCAGAUCAAAGGAAUGACGUCAUAUGAGAAAGCGUACCAGAACCGUUAUAGUAAACCUGACUUGCUAAAACUUCUCAACCAGCAGAGUAACAAAAAAGUGAUCGACAAUUUUCUGCGAUACUCCAGAGUUUUGGAAAAAGAAACUGCAAAUGAAUAAAAGAAGAUAAGCAUCCAACAUUUCACGGUUUAGUUUCAUUAAUUUUUCACUGUACACUGCUAGAUUGAAUUUUAUUACACUUGAGUAUUACAAAGCUUAUCAAAAGUUUCA